AUGCCGGCUUGCAGGGAUCGACCACGGCGUUGCGGGGCGGUCAGCUCACACCUAUUCACUCGACAGCUCAGCGGCGCGCCGUUGCCACGAGACUUCGCCUUCUAUGCGGACUUCUUCACCGUUCAGGAGCAAUCCACGCUGCUGCGAGCAGCUCUGCGGAAAUUAGAUUCUAUGGAAGGAAGUCGAUUUCGUCGCCGAAGAAGAGAGUUCCUGAGGACGCCCCCAAUUACUACUACUCAAGACCCGGUCCAGGCACUCUUCCUACCAGACGAACUGUAUGACUUCCAGGAGGGCCACUUCGACGGUGUAAUCAAGUAUUACCGUGAGAUGCACGUCACCUCCUGGCCGGAAGACAUGCCCGAAUUACCGCCUUUGCUUGAGAGGCUCCGCGCGGUGCAUCCUAAUGAGGAUACACAAACCCACAUACUGCACCUGGCGUCUAGCGGCGAGAUCAUGCCACAUGUUGACAAUCUAGAGGCCAGCGGUUCUUGGAUCCUAGGCGUUUCAUUGGGCGACGAACGCAUCCUUCGGCUGGAAAAUCCCUCUUCCCCCGAAGAGCGCUACGAACUCCCACUCCCGUCCGGCAGUGUGUACUUACAGCGCGAUUCCAUCCGAUACAACUAUCAACAUUCUAUUCUCGGGAAGCCUGACGGUCGACAGCGCUUGAGUCUUAUGAUUCGGGUGAGCACUUCGCCUCGUGUAAAGCCAUAUGGUCUCAUCGCUUCUUAUUUCUCAUAG